UACAUAAAUAGAGUCAUACAGUCACUUUCGGUUUAUUUGCAUCCACGUUCAAGCCGGGUUGUUGUACGAAUUGCAAAGAUGGUGGACAAAGAGCAAGAUAGGGGCGAAGGUUCUAGCAAAACCGGUACACCGAUGGAAGGGGUGUUUCAUAGCCAUUUAGAUGAGAGAGUUCGUCCUUAUAUCGACCUGAUUGACUCUCUGAGGCUGAUCGGUGUUGGAGAAGAUAUAUCUCUCCCAAGCAUAGCAGUAAUUGGAGAUCAGAGCUCCGGGAAAAGCUCUGUGCUGGAGGCGCUGUCUGGGGUGGCGUUACCCAGAGGGAGUGGUAUUGUUACCAGAUGUCCUCUGCAGCUUAAGCUGAGGAAGAACAAGAGUGAGGUCCAAUGGCAAGCAGUCCUAUCUUACAAAGAAGAGAGCAUUAAGCUUGAAGACCCAUCACAGGUUGAGAUUUAUGUGUGUAAAGCCCAGAAUGAGUUGGCUGGAGAUGGAGUUGGAAUAUGUGAUGAUCUCAUCACUCUGGAGAUCAAGUCUACUAGUGUUUGUGACCUCACACUGAUCGAUCUGCCUGGGAUCGCAAGGGUUCCUGUAAAAGGUCAACCUGAUGAUAUUGGGGAGCAGAUCAAAAACCUCAUACGAAGAUUUAUAGAAAAAAGAGAAACCAUCAAUUUGGUCGUGGUCCCUUGCAAUGUUGACAUUGCAACAACAGAGGCACUAAAGAUGGCACAGGAGGUGGACCCUGAUGGAAAAAGAACUCUGGCUAUUCUUACUAAGCCAGACCUUGUUGACAAAGGCACAGAGAAAACAAUAUUGAAAAUAGUCAGAAAUCAGGUUGUCCCUUUAAGCAAAGGAUACAUCAUUGUUAAGUGCCGGGGCCAGAAGCAGAUUGAGGAUAAAAUCUCUCUGGAGCAGGCCAUUCAAGAGGAAAGAGACUUCUUCAAAAAACAUAAUUUCUUCAGUUGUCUGCUUCAAGAGGAGAAAGCAACUGUUAACUGCCUUGCUACAAAACUGACUCAAGACCUGGUUGAUCACAUUAAAAAAUCACUGCCUCUGCUCUCAGAAGAGAUAAAGAGACAGCUGCGGAGCUCAAGAGAAGAGCUGAAUCUCUACCAUAAGGCCAGCCCACCUCUGGAAUCGCAAAACCUGAAGGCCUUCUUCAUUGGUAUCUUGAUUAAGUUCAAUGACAAGAUCAACCACAUGGCAUCUGGAGUAGCUGGUGAUGAGGGCAAUUUAUUUGUUCAGCUUCAUUCAGAAUUCAAAAAGUGGAAAGAACACCUUGUCAAUACAAAGUCACCGUUUCAUGGGGUGGUCCAGGCUGUGGUGAAAGAUUAUGACCUGAAGUACAGAGGACGGGAGCUGCCUGGCUUCAGUGAUUAUAAUGUGUUUGAAACGGAGGUGCAGAAACUUGUGAUCCAAUUGAAGCAACCAGCCAUUGACAGACUCAGAGUCAUAAGAGAGAUCAUCCAGAACCAGUUCUUAGAAGUGUCCAGAGCAUGCUUCCCUAUCUAUCCUUACCUCCAAAGUUUUGCCAUGAACAAGAUAGAAGACAUUCAGUCAAAGCAAGAAACCAAAGUGGAGCAGAGGAUCAUGGAGCAGUUUGAGAUGGAGCAGUUGGUCUACAGUCAAGAUGACAUCUACUUCAAAACCUUGAAUGAGAUCCUUUCUUCUAGUGAAGGAGCUUCAGAGGACAGAUGUCCAGGGCUAGAGAGCAGGAACAAGUAUCCAGAAAUGCUGAAAGCUUAUUAUGAGAUUGUUGUGCAGCGGUUGGCUGACCAGGUGCCCAUGCUGAUCCGAUACUUCAUGCUAAAGGAGUCUGCUCAUCUGCUCUGCAGUGAGAUGCUAGGGUUAAUAGAAGGUGCCGACAUAGCUGACGUCCUUCGUGAGGAUUCGGACAUCAGCAGACGCUGCGCUAUCACGGAGGCCCGCAUAGAACGCCUCACCAUUGCUCAAAAGAAGCUGAGUAGCUUCGUUUGA